GGGUUUUGAGUUGAUUUAGCAAAGACCCUUGUUUUAAAAGCUUACUCAUCACUCCCUUUCUCUCUCGAUAAGAAAAAAAGUAAAAAAGAAAAAAGAAAAUUCAAUCUUUCGGCGAAAAAUCACAGUCUCUGCAUUUGCUUGAACUUUAGGGCAAAAAUCUGAUUCUUCCUUUCUUUUUUCUCUCCUAAAAGACCAAAUCAAGGAAGAGAAAGAAAACAAAUGGAAGGCAUAAACCCUAUGGAGCUGCUCCGAUCCAAUCUCUCUCGGGUUCGGAUCCCUGAACCCACCAAUCGUAUCUACAAGCAAGAAUGCUGCCUCUCCUUCGAUUCUCCGAGGUCAGAAGGAGGAUUAUUUGUUGAUAUGACUACGUUUCUGGCGUUUGGGAAAGAUUAUGUGGGUUGGAAUUAUGAAAAGACUGGAAAUCCUGUGUAUCUGCAUAUUAAGCAAACGAAAAAGUUGGUUUCUGAAGAUAGGCCUUUGAAGAAACCCACACUGUUGGCUAUUGGUGUUGAUGGUGGAUUUGACAACAAUGAACUAGAAUAUGAAGAAACUCACAAAAUAGUCAUUUUGCCUAGCUAUGCAACUCUUCCUUUUCCAUCUGUGGAGUUGCCUGAGAAGGUAAGGUUGGCAGUUGAUGCUAUUUUAAUGGCUGAGGGUGCUGAACGGAAAGAGCAAGUUGCAGCCUGGACAGCUGAUAAGAAGCAAAUAAGUGCAUAUGCAAUGGAUUUGCGGCAAAUUGGCAAUGUUGUUGUUCCCCCAUCUGGUUGGAAAUGUGCUAAGUGUGAUAAAAGAGAUAAUCUAUGGCUAAAUCUUACUGAUGGAAUGAUCCUCUGUGGGAGGAGAAAUUGGGAUGGAACUGGUGGUAACAACCAUGCGAUUGAGUACUACAAGGAGACUGGCUAUCCGCUAGCUGUAAAGCUUGGGACAAUUACUUCUGAUCUGGAUGCUGCUGAUGUUUUCUCUUACCCAGAGGAUGAUAGUGUUAUAGACCCUCUUCUAGCUCAACAUUUGGCAUAUUUUGGUAUUGAUUUCUCAUCAUUGCAAAAGACUGAAAUGACAACUGCUGAAAGGGAGCUUGACCAGAAUACCAACUUUGAUUGGGAUAGAAUUCAGGAAAGUGGGCAGGAUGUGGAACCAAUUUUCGGACCAGGUUAUACAGGUCUUGUGAAUCUUGGAAACAGCUGCUACAUGGCUGCAACCAUGCAAGUUGUGUUUUCAACACAGUCAUUUUGUAGACGAUACUAUAUGAACCAAAGCUUAAAAAUGGCUUUUGAGACAGCCCCAGCUGAUACAACUGUAGACCUCAAUAUGCAGCUAACGAAACUGGCACAUGGUUUGCUCUCCGGUAAAUAUUCUUUUCCAGCAGUAGAGAAAGGUGAAACGACUGCACCCUCAGUAAAAGAUGCUAAACAGGAAGGGAUCCCUCCUCGCAUGUUCAAAGCCGUUAUUGCAGCCAGCCAUCCCGAGUUUUCUACCAUGAGGCAACAGGAUGCCCUGGAGUUCUUCCUUCAUUUUCUUGACCAAGUUGAACGUUCUAAUGCCGUGAAACCUGAACUGGAUCCCUCGAGGAGUUUCAAGUUUGGUGUUGAAGAGCGUAUCUUAUGUUCAUCCGGGAAGGUUGCUUACAAUAAAAGGCUUGACUACAUUCUUUCUUUGAAUAUUCCAUUGCAUGAGGCUACCAAUAAAGAAGAACUGGAAGCUUUUAACAAAAGCAAAGCUGAAAAGAUUUCAGAAGGGAAGGAUGUAUCCAGCGAUGAAAUUGUUCGUCCAAGGGUACCUCUAGAAGCAUGCUUAGCGAACUUUGCAGCUCCAGAGGAGAUACCAGAUUUUUACAGCUCCGCAUUGAAGGCUAAGACAACAGCUAUCAAGACUGCUGGUUUAACUUCGUUCCCCGAUUAUUUGGUAUUGCACAUGAGGAAGUUUGUCAUGGAGGCCGGCUGGGUGCCUAAAAAGCUUGAUGUCUACAUAGAUGUCCCUGAUGUCAUAGAUAUAAGCCACAUGCGCAGCAAGGGCCUUCAACCUGGGGAAGAACUGUUGCCAGAGGCUGCUCCGGAGGGUGCGGCAGAAUCAAGUCAGCCAGUGGCUGAUGAAGCAAUUGUUGCCCAGCUUGCCUCAAUGGGGUUUAACCAGCUUCAUUGUCAGAAAGCUGCCAUAAACACUUUAAAUGCUGGUGUAGAAGAGGCAAUGAAUUGGUUGCUUUCACACAUGGAUGAUCCAGAUAUAGAUGCUCCUAUCUCCCAUGGGUCACAAAGUGCUGAGAUAUCUAUCGACCAAUCAAAAGUUGAUACCUUGAUUUCGUUUGGAUUUCAAGAAGAAAUUGCUCGAAUGGCAUUGAAAGCAUCGGGUGGCGACAUUGAAAAAGCAACAGACUGGAUAUUUAACAAUCCCAGUGCCUCUGCUUCAUCAGCUAUGGAUACAAAUGCAUCAAGCAACGGCCCAUCUACUCCAGUCGAUGCAGGACUGCCCGAUGGAGGAGGGAGAUAUCGGCUUUUCGGAAUAGUGAGUCACAUCGGAACCUCAACUCAGUGUGGCCAUUAUGUUGCUCACAUCCUGAAAGAUGGUAGAUGGGUGAUUUUCAAUGAUGAUAAGGUUGGUGCUUCGAUCAAUACACCCAAGGACAUGGGUUACUUAUACUUUUUUGAGAGGAUUAAUAGCUGAAAUUAUAAGUGAAAACCAUAAUAGAAUUUCAGUUGGAAAAUUUUAGGCAACUCCUUUCAGUCUUUUAUAGAAGUGGCUUCAAUAACAUUGGUAUUCAAACAUUUUAAUCUCUAAUACUACAUUUUUUCCCUUAA